AUGCUUGAAACCGGAGCAAUAUGGGGACUAACCGGCACGGCGGUGACAAGCCUUAUGUUCGUUUGUGCGAUGUACUCACAAUACGUCCCUCAAAAUCUCCGACUAUACGUUGGGAAAUACGCUCACAAGAUGUUCGGAUGGAUGUCUUUUUACGUCCACAUCAAGUUCACCGAGUACACAGAAGAAGGUCUCAAGAGAAGCGAGAACUACGACGCCAUACGCAACUAUCUAUCCACCAACUCCGCGGCUCGUGCCAAGAGACUAAAGGCGGACGAAUCCAAAAACAGCAAAUCGUUGGUGCUUAGCAUGGACGAUCACGAGGAAGUCGAAGAUGUGUUUGAAGGUGUGAAGGUGACGUGGCAUUCGAACAUGAAAGUGAGUCAGAGUCAGAAUAAUUAUUUUAGUCGAAACACCUCGGACGAGAGAAGGUUCUUCACGCUUACUUUCCACAAGCGACACAGAGAGAUGAUCACAACGACCUACGUCGCGCAUGUUUUGAGAGAAGGGAAAGGGAUUGGGUUGAGCAACAGAGAGAGGAAGCUUUACACCAACAACUCGAGUAAAGAAUGGUAUCCUUGGAGCUCAGGGAAGUGGAGCAACGUUCCUUUUCAUCAUCCUGCUACGUUCAAUACUUUGGCUAUGGAUCCUGGCAAGAAAGAAGCGAUCAAGAAGGAUCUGAUAAAGUUUAGCAAAGGGAAAGAUUAUUACAACAAGGUUGGGAAGCCGUGGAAGCGAGGCUAUCUCUUGUUUGGUCCUCCCGGGACAGGGAAGUCGACGAUGAUAUCUGCAAUAGCGAACUUCUUGGAGUAUGAUGUGUAUGAUCUUGAGCUAACGACUGUGAAGGAUAACUCGGAGCUGAAGAAGUUGUUGCUUGAUACAAAAGGCAAGUCUAUUAUUGUGAUUGAAGACAUUGAUUGCUCUCUUGAACUUACGGGGCAGAGGAAGACGAAGAAGGAGGAAGAUGAUGAAGACGAUGACGAGGACAAGAAGAAGGAUGUUGAGAAGAAGGAGAAGAAGGAAGAUGAGAAACAGAGUAAAGUGACACUUUCAGGGCUUUUAAACUCCAUUGAUGGGUUAUGGUCAGCUUGUAGUGAUGAGAAGAUUAUUAUUUUCACUACGAAUUACGUGGAUAAGCUUGAUCCGGCAUUGAUACGAAGAGGAAGAAUGGACAACCAUAUUGAGAUGUCUUAUUGUAGGUUUGAAGCGUUUAAGGUUUUAGCUAAGAACUACUUAGAGAUCGAUUCACAUGAUUUGUAUGGAGAGAUCGAGAGAAAGCUAGGGGAAACGGACAUGUCUCCGGCUGAUGUUGCUGAGACUUUGAUGCCUAAAUCUGAUGAAGAAGAUGCGGACAUUUGCAUCAAGCGUUUGGUCAAGACUUUGGAGGAAGAGAAGGAGAAGGCGAAGAAGUUGGCUGAAGAAGAAGAGAAGAAGAAAGCGGAAAAGGAAGAGAAGAGGAAAAAGAAGAAAGCAGAUGAAGAAGAGAAGAAGAAGAAGAAGACAGAGGAAGAAGAGAAGGAGAAGGAGAAAGAAAAGAAAGUGAAGGAUGCCGGCGAAAACGGAGACGUUUCUAAGGAAAAUGGUGACGCCUGA